UUCGAUUAAAAUGAAGAAGACAAAAUGGGCUGGCGGUGGGGGGCGGCAAUCAGUAGCACAGUUAGGGGACGGUAAUCGAAGCUUUAAAGCAAGGGUGCUCAACUUCGGCCCUCCUGCACAUGUUGGCCUACAAUUCCCAUAAUCCCUGGCUAAUGGACAUUGUGGCUGGGGAUUAUAGGAGUUGUAGUUCAAAAGCAACUGACGGGGGGCCUAAAUUGAGCAGGCCCGCUUUAAGGGAAGACGCAUGGCUCCGGGCGAGUUCUGUCAGUCGCCGAAUACACAGAGCGGGAAGCGUGUUCUUUAUGGUUCACGGACACGCCUGGGGCCAAAAGCGAGUGAGGAGGACUGGCUGGCGCAACCGUCGCCCUUUCCGGGGCUGCCACAAUGGAGUCGGCGGAGUCUGGACGCGGGAAGGGCUGCCCGGAGCCUGUCGAAGAGGAAGAGGAGACGGAAGCGGCGGCUGAGCCCCGGGAGCGAACUCUGCCGCUCUCGGUGGCCGCGGUGCUGCCCGCCGGGGGAAGCGGGGAGCGGAUGGGUGGCGCCACCCCGAAGCAGUUCUGCGCCCUACUGGGCAGGCCGCUCCUUAGCUACACGGUGGGGGCGAUUGAAAGAAUCAGCUGGAUAUCUGAUAUUGUGGUGGUGGUGUCUCCAGAGAAUGUUGAAAUAAUGAAGUCUAUCAUAAAAAAAUAUGGUCACAAACGAACAUCUGUAGUUGAAGGUGGAAAGACGCGUCAUAGGUCAAUCUUCAAUGGACUGAAAAUAUUUGAAAAGAACAAUUGUCUGGGUUCCUCACUCCAUAAACCAGAAGUAGUAAUCAUCCAUGAUGCCGUGAGACCAUUUGUUGAGGAGGAUAUUCUUUUUAAAGUGGUUAUGGCUGCCAAAGGACGUGGGGCAGCAGGAGCAAUCCGUCCUCUUGUCUCCACUGUUAUUGCUUCCUCUGCUGACGGAUGUUUAGACCAUUCACUAGAUCGUGCCAAGUACAGAGCAAGUGAAAUGCCUCAGGCUUUCUUAUUUGAUAUAAUCUAUCAAGCAUAUCGUCAGAGUAGUGACUAUGACCUGGACUAUGGAACAGAGUGUUUGCAUUUGGCUCUGAAAUACAGCAAAACAAGUGCGAAACUUGUUGAAGGGCCCCCUGACCUGUGGAAGGUGACCUACAAGCGGGAUCUGUAUGCAGCUGAAUCCUUAAUUAAGGAUACCAUAUCACAACAAGUCUGUGUUAUCACUGAUAUCAAAGAAGAUGCUGCGCAAGUCAACUUCCUCCUUCAUGAAGCGUUGAAGAGUCAUGUGAAACUUGUUAAAGGCAUAUCAACAUCCACUUGUAAACAUGAUCAUCUUCUGCAAAACAUAUUAUCAGGACAGUGUUACAACUUUAUUUGCAUGAAUGAUAAAGUAUCUGACUUUCAAGAAAUACAGCAUCUAGUGAAAAUACUUGAAAACACAAAUGCUUCAGCCUUAUACUCCAUUGUUCUCAUUUUGGUACACGUGGAUAUUUUAGAAAAUGCUUCUUUGAGCAAUGAAAUGCAAAGCUUGGUUAAAUUUGCAAAGGAAUUGAGAGAGAAAAAUAUCUUGCUUUAUGGUCUUGUUAUACAUUACCAAAAGGACAAUCUGAAGCUUAAAGAAACCAUGGAUUCUGCUGCUGCACUUAUCACAGCAUUGAUAAGGGACAGAAAUCCUGCAUUUGUUGGCCAGCUUCUGGUAGCGUGAAAAGGAGAUGCUCAGAUCUCUGCAGAUAUUUCAAGCCUGCUACUAAUUAAUGAAAACUCAGAUUCCCACCCCCCCAUAGUUCCAGUUUAAAUCUAGUAUUGGUGUAUUUAGGCCGAGAUUAGUUAUUGCAGAAAGUGCUAUAAGGUGCAUAAGCCUAUGUUAUACAUUGUCUCAAACCUAAGUUAAAAUUAUGUUAUACAUUUUGACAGAGAGAAGAGCUGAGAAAUAUAAGAAGAUGAUUUUAUUCUAAAGGGUCAGAAGUAAAAAGGUAGUGAUUUCAGAACAAUAUAGGCACGAUUGUGCCAAAGUUAAGCAUUUGUAUGGCCCCUUUAUUCCAACAAGGGAUAUGUAUAUAAGCAUGUCCUUUCACUAUCUGAUUAAGCUAAAUGGCUGACAGCCAGAGCAAUUUCUUGGCAGCACAAAAAGAUGUUGCACCAGCACAAGGAAGAGCUUUCCUAGUUGUUGGGGCUGCUUAUCAGGCGUGCAGCAGGGCAGGUGAAUUUUGAUCAUUUGCACUGGCUCCAGGAGUGCCCUGUAUUACCCAAAGAUGUGUCCCUGGGGGUUAUGCAGGCCUUAGGGACAUAUUUUCAGGUGACCCAGGGUACUCAUGGAGGCAGAGCGAAUGGCCAAAAUGAGCUUGACCCUGCUGCACACCCAAGGCUGUGCAACUCCAGCGCAGCUAGGAAAGCACUCCCUUGUGCCAGUGUGUGUUCCUUUUUGUGCUAUCAGUAGGCUACUAGGAAUGUCAGCCAAAGUGACCUGGAAAACUUUAUUUAAAAUAUAAACAUAAAUAAAACAUAAACAUACAAAAGCUAUUUUAACUUACAAAUCAAUAGACUAUAACAAUACUGUAUGUUCCAAGGGGACCUGAAGUUAACCAUCCAUAUAUGAACCUUAUUUAUAUAACCAUCAUACCAUCCAUGUAUGCACAUUAUUUACAUAAUGUGGUUGAUGGAAAAGAGAACGUAAUUACAUACAACUGUCUGGUGUGUGAGUGAGACAGAGAGAGAGAAUAAAAUUUAUUUAGUCCUUUUUUCCUCUCUUUUCAGACUUUUAAUACCGGAUAACAUUUUUUAGAGCUGAUAGUAUCUCAAAAAUAUUAUGAUGUGCUUCAGAUGUCUUAGAAAUAACCUUUUAAAAUGAAUUGCCACUAACACAAUUAGUAUCAUGUUUGAUUACGUUCACUUUGGCUGUUUAUACUCAUAAUGAUCAGUGCCCUUUUUUCUGUUUCUAUACUUUUAAAAUAUUAAAAUAGAAAAAGCAUUAAAACCACAAUUUCAUUUGUUAAGCUUAGUAGAUUAAUUUUUUUGACUCCUCAGAUUCAUCUCUGUAGUGCUUGUGUAUGCUAGCAUAUACUUCCUUUUUGGGUUUCUGAACCCUACAUAUAGAGCUAACUGUGGGCUUCUCCUUUAACUUCAGAAGCUCUGUGCAUGUAUACAUUUUUGUGCAUGGCGCUGUCCCUUCUGUCGAAGUGAACGAGGAAGCUGCCACUGGUUCAGGGUACACAUUGGAACCCCUGUGGCUGCAAGCAAACACUUAUUUCAAGAGAUAGUGCAAUCAUGCCAUCACUUAACCCAUGCCUUACUCCAGAAUCCACACUUUAUGCAGCAGAAACUAUUGUGGUGGCUACACCAGUGUUUCCUACAGCUAACUUAUGAAGUGUUGGUGAUGUACUUGCAACUUUAAAUGCACCAUGGAAUGUGCUAGGAAGCCUUUGGCCUGCUUUUAAAGAGGCUGAUAUGUUUGCACUUUAUAUUCAUUAUGGGAAAUGCUGGCGUACCCACAGCAUUUGUUUCAGCCACAUAAAGCAUGGAGCUGCCCUAAAUAGCCAAGAGUAGGGUUCCCAAGAUGUUAGUUACCUCUUACUCUAUUUGAGGGGAUCCCUUAGCAUUGUAUGAAUGAGCAAACCUCACUGCAAUAUGUUUUCAUAAAAAGUACACAUAAAUGUGUAAGCCAAACACAAAGACAAACUAAAACAAACAUGACUAAUAUCUCAUAGUUCUUCUAUUUGCUUAAAUGGGUAUUCAUGCACAACCUAUUUGAGCUUGACCGAUGUAUUAGUCAUAUAACACAUUCUUUUGAACAUCUGGAAGGAAAUAACAAAUGCUCAUAUUCUCAUACUUUGAGUGCAGGCUUCCUUAAUAAGUUAGGACUAAUUAAUUAUCACAUAGCUGACUGAAUAAUCAUACUGCCCAGAGACACAUGUUUUGGGCGGUAUAGAAAUGAAAUAAAUAAAUGAAUAUUUUUGUGCAGUGCCCAAUGUGCAAGUCAGCAUUGCUGAUGAUUUUUUUAAUCUUGAUUCAGGAGUCUUGUGAAGAGAAUGAGUGUUUGGAAAGAGCCAUAUAAAGAAAUUGAAAUUUUAAA